CCAGCUGCGUGAUGCGUGGCCCUUUUUUAUUCCUGCUCUGCCUAAGUGUCUUUGACGCUUGGAUUGUGGAUUUGAACGUCUGUGGACGUCCUUCACUUCAUACCCACACUGUUUCAUAGCAGGAGCAGGACCUGGGAACGGGCUUGAAGACCUUGAAAGCAUCGGCUAUUAGCUAAAUCUCAAGCAACUUUCGCAAUGUCGAGGGAGGCAUCUCCGGGAGCUAACGGUCGCGAAAACCGUUCGUUCAGCCCGCGAUUUAGGAGGUUCCUCCGGUCUGUCGCAGGCGCCAAGACGGCCCAGCAAGAACGAGACCUUCUGGCGAGCGAAGUCAACUCACUGCGGAUCGACUUAGGUGCAAAUGAUCUCACAUCGGUAGCGUCCAUGACAUUACGUUCUCACGCACAUGGUGCGAAGCGAUUGGAGGCUGACGGACAGCUGUUGAAGGCCAAAACUGCAGAGCUGCUGGCAUUGUGUCUUUACGGCGAGACGAUGGGAUACAGUACGGCAGAGUUUGCACAUAUCAAGGCUGUCACGCUGGUCCAGGACGCGCAGACCUUGUUUGAGAAGCACAUCGGAUAUCUUUGUGUAUCAAUGUUCUUGCACGAGGAUCAUGAGCUCAAUCUUUUGAUGGUCAAUACCAUACAAAGGGACUUGGCCAGUGAUAAUCAAGACAUAAUAGCAAUGGCACUCAAAGUCGUGAGCGCCAUCGCAAGCACAGACAUGGUCCCGUCCUUACUGCCCAUGGUGACCGGAUGUCUCCGUCAUGAAGAUCUCCUAGUCAGAAAAAGCGCCGUUACAGCUUUGCGAAGGCUAUUCAGAGUAGCCCCGCAUCUGAUUACAUUCGAGAUGAAGCGCUUAAAGCGGACGUUGGCCGAUGCGGAUCCGAGUGUCAUGGCAGCGACGUUGAGCGUCUAUCUUCAUGCAGCGCAGAUUGAUCCUGCGAAAUGCUUGCCUUUAUUGGAUGCGUUCAUCCACAUCCAGCGGCAGGCGAUCGCGGGCCGACUAUCAAGCACACAUGACUUCCAUGGUGUCCCAGCGCCUUGGGUUUUGAUACGGACUCUCGAGAUCAUUACAUUGCUGGACAAUGACGAUCAAGCCACAAAUCAGAAAAUUUACACAAUCAUACUGGAAACACUGGAACGUGCAUCAAAGGGUGGUGAAGCAUCCUACGCUGUCACCUACGCCUGCAUACGGGGGCUGGACCACCUAGUCACCAAGCCCACCGUCCGUUCGUUAGUACCGCCACUAACGAGAGAUCCUCCAUCCUUACCGUGGCGAUCCAUAUCGCAGUUACUCGGAUCGAAAAACCACAAUCUGCGAUAUGUGGGUCUUUGGGGGCUGGAGAUGUGGGCGAAACUGGAUCCGGAAGCUGUGGGCUUGCACCGAGCUGUUGUAGAGGAAGGGCUGGAGAGUGAAGAUGAGACUAUACAGCGCAAGGCCUUGGAUAUACUCAUGGGAACCGUGUCAGAAGCCACUUACGAGGCCGUCCUCAGCCAAGUACUAAAGAUCGUCAAAACGAGCGAUGAUACUGCCUUCAAGGAACGGCUUACCGCAAAAGCCAUGGAUGUGCUUGAUAGCAUUCCCACAUUGGAUCAACAACAAUACAUUACGCAUGCUGUUCAACUAUUGCCCCUCCUUCCGGACGGCUCACGACGUGGGAUCAUUUCGUCACUGACCAAAACCAUUUCCCGAAAUCCACUAUCGGCGGCCACCAUACCUGCCUUGGACGCGUUCUGCCGCAACUCACUACUUGAAUUGGACGUGCGAGAAAUCAAUCUGCUGUCGUUUGUCACUUGGGUAGGUUUGCGGAGUGCCAGUCUUGUCCCGGUUAGAUUAGAGUGAUUCAAAAUAUGUGAUCUGGGCGUCGUAGGUCAUCGCAGAGUACCUUUCGUCAACAUCACAGAUAUUUGCGGCAUUGUCCAACGUCCUUCAAA